AUGCUACAUAUGCUGCAAGCUGCAACCCUACAACAGUCUCACCCACCCCUCUAUCCCUACAGCCCGUGCCAUAUCGCUUACCAAGCUGUAGGCAGCAAACAGCAAGUAAAAGAGAUGAGUUCCCCCAAAGACGACCAUGACCUGUUGUUCCAGGGGUAUCAUGAACGGGUAAGAGCCAUUUUAAAGCACCUAGUUUUCGACAUGCAACUUAAUCCUCUCCACCCGCUCGUUAUCAGCUUCAGCCACCACUUGGAGAUGACGACGGCCUACGACGAGUACAUCAGGGCUCUGGAGGUGAGCCCCCCGAACCCUCAGACCCUGAAGAUGGUUUGCUAUCGUGGGGUGGACCUUCAGUACAGAUACAGUGACAAAGUAGCAACUUCCUUGUAUGAAGAGGAACACAGCCCAAGGGACAAUGGAUGGGAAAGAGAACAGGGGAAGAGUGAGUAUGAACAUCAGAAUGGAAAGAGUUGGGAGACAGAUGGGAGGGAUAGACAGUAAUUGUCUUGAUUUAAAACUCUAAGAUGCUGUUUUUGCCAUGUUGUUUUCAUUGGGUUGUUAAAAUUUGUUUCCAAGUUUAAUCGUUUGGGAUCUGAAUAUAAAGUUUAACAAUGUAAAAUAAUAGCGGGUUUUAAACCAUAGAAAAGAAUAAUCCUCGGUAUCUUUCAUCCCAAAAACCUCGCUCGGCAAGAUACAUCGACAAAGCGGUUUUAGUAAUAUUGACUAUUAAUAUCGUUUGGGUGAUAAUUACAUUGCCAAACCUGUAAACAGUAAGCAAAAUAACUAAUUUUCGCUUAUUCGUUCUCACUAGCUAAAUCAGAUGAUUUCACUGUUGGCAUUUCUAUAAAACACUAACAUAGUAAGCAAAUAAAAAAUAAAACAACCUAAAAAGCAAACACAACCUUGAAAACAUUUUACAUUCAACCAAAAAGUUCAUCUGUGUGUUAUGAUAAUGGUAAUAAUUGUGUUAAGAAACAUCUUGUGUAUUACAAGAACAGUCAUUUCCGCUCUCCGAUCUACAGUUUUCGAUUGGCAAUGAUGUCCUUUGCUCUUUUUACACUAUUGAAGACUGUUAUACCAUUGUUGGUUGUUAUGAUAGUAUUGUAUUGUUUUGGUGGAUCGUUUUUUUCCAAACCCAAGUACCUUAUAUUACUACAUGCAUUUUUACAUACGUUAUGUGCCUUUUUAAGGAAACUUCCAUUGUAAGUGUUUGGUAAAU